UUCGUAAGGUUAUAAAAGUAUAGUUAUAAAUAAUAACAAAACUAUUAACUAAUUUUUAAAUCAAUUCUGGAAUAAGUUAUUUGCGAAGAAUUUUCUUAAAUAUUAUUAAAAGAUGUUGGAAAAUGAUAAAAAUUAUUUUUCGGAUGAUAAUGAAGAGGUAGAUCCAAACAAUCAUAAUAAUUUACUGCAGUCUAUCAGUCGUUUAGGGGUAAAUCAACACAUCAAAGAGCCGACUAGAACUGAACCCUCUUUAAAAGUUGAUGAAUUUCAUCUGUCCAAAACUCGAUCAAUCAGUCAAGUGAAAAUCAAAGAUAAUAUAGUUUUAGUCGAUGAUUUAGUUAAAAUCUUAAAUAAAGACAAGAGUAACGCAAAAGUAACUAAAGAGUUAAAGGCCGCACAUUGGGGAACGAAGGUUUUGCCAAAACCAUUAGAAAAACCUGCAGCAGAUCGGCUAGAGCGGACUAUAGGUUACGACAGACUAAAAUCUAAAUUGAAGAAGUGGAAUGCCGUAGUAGCUAAAAAUCGGCAGUCUGAUCAUCAGGUAUUUCCUCUUGACUAUGAAGAAAUUCAUUUAGAUACAACAAAAAUAUCAAAACCCAAACCGGCGAAUUUUUCUGUUAAAUCAGAGCUUCAACUGGAAAUGGAGGCUUUAGAAGAAAAAUAUAAGGCGCUAAAAGGUAUUCAAAAAGAAACCGUAGAUGAAGAAGAAGAAGAGCGAAAAAUUCAAGAAAAAUUAACUCGUGAUGAGUUGAUAGCAAAACGAAGAGAAUUAGCUUAUUUACGAAUGCAGCAAUCGCAAAAAUCAGCUAAAGCAAGAUUGCACAACAAAAUUAAGUCAAAAAAAUUUCACAAACUUUUGAAAAAAGAAAAACUUAAAGAACAGCUAAAAGAAUUUGAGCUUUUACAAAAAACUGAUCCCGAGACUGCUAUGAAACAACUGGAGAAAAUUGAAAAAAGCAGAAUUAUGGAAAGAGCCAGUUUGAGGCAUAAGAAUACUGGCACAUGGGCCAAAAAUUUGCAAGUUCGGGCAAAAUAUGACAGAGAUGCAAGAAAAGAUUUGGCUGAACAAUUGGCUAUUAGUCGUGAAUUAACUCAAAAGCAUAAACAAGGAAGUGAUAAUGAGAACGAAAGUGAUAACAAUAAGGAAAGUGAUGCAGAAAUGGAUGGAGAAAAUAUGGAUGAUGGAAAUGACGAUGUUGACCCGUUUAACCCUUGGGUCAAGGUUGGUAAAAAAAAGAACAAAAAUGAAACUGAUGAAAUUUUAAUGGGCUAUAAAAAAUAUUGGUUAGAGAGAAAUGAAAAUGAAAAGGCCAUUCAAGAUCAUAAAAAACAAAUAGAAGAAAUUAAUAAAGAAAAUGGAGCUUUAAAUUCUAUUGAAGAAAACGUUGAAGAUGAUUUAUCUAAUUUUAAUGAAAAAUCUAUGAUUAAAUUAGAAAAUGAUGCAAAAUCAAAACUAGAAAAUGAAAAUGAGAAUCUAAAGCAAAUGGAUGAAAAAUCUCGAAAAAUAAAAAAGAAAUCCAAAAGUAUUAACCUUCGAAAAAAAGGAAAGAAAGGAAAAAAAUCUGAAGUUAUUAUAGAAAAUGGUUGGAUUGUUGAGGAACUCGGCAGUGACGAUUGUAUUACAAAAAACAAAAGUGAUUCCGAAAAUAUUAGUGAUAAUGAUUUCGGAAUGUAUGACAAAAAAAAAGUUGAAUUACUUAACAAAGAUAUUGAUGACAUUUUUGAUGAAGCUGAAGAUAAAAUUCAGGAAAAGUUUGCUAGAAAACUUAAAAAUGUCAAAGACAUUAUGGAAGAGAUAGAGGCAACUAGAAAGCAAAAAUUAAAGAAUGAGGCAAAUGUAAUUGGGGAAGAAGAUGAAUUGGAAAAUUUGAAAAAUUUAUCUUUCAAAAACCAAAAUCAGCGACCUGAUUUUGAUCAAGAAUUGAAUGAGUUGCCAAUGGGUAAAACAAUAAAUAUAGAAAAGCCGCUAGAAAUAUUUUCUGACAAGAAGAUCAAAAACAAUGAAAAUGAUAGUAAGACAAACGAUCAAAAUAACGAUUCCAUCGACCCAAAUGAUUUCGCAAAUAUUAAACCAAAAAGAUUACAUUCACUUGUAAAUGGUGACUCAAAAAAUUAUAUCAAUGAAGAAGUUGGUGACGAGGAUGACAUUGAUCCAGACCUUAGUAGGCAAAUGACUAUAGCGGAAGCGUUUGAAGAUGAUGAUGUAGUGGUUGAUUUUACUAAAGAAAAAGAUAACAAAAACAAACAAGAUAAUGAAGUUGACUUAACAAUGCCAGGUUGGGGUUCUUGGGCUGGCUGUGGAAUAAAUAGUCGAAAUAAGAAGCGGUUAGUUUUGAAAUUUCCCGAAAAAGAAAAGCGUCGUGAUGAUAACAAAGGAAAUUUAUAUAUUAAUGAAACUGUAAAUGAACAGCUAAAAGAUCAUUUAGUUUCUGAUUUACCAUUUCCAUUCACUAGUGUUAAAGAUUAUGAAGCUAGUAUUAGAGCGCCUAUCGGUAGAACUUUUGUACCAGAAACAGCUUUUAGAGUUUUGACAAGACCAUCUGUUGAAACUAAAAUGGGGCAUAUAAUACAACCGAUGAAUGAAUCUAUUUUAGUGAAAAAGCCAUUUUCUAGAAGAAAACAUAUUGUUGACAAAAGAAUAGGAAAUAUGUUGAAAGAAAGUAAGAAGAAUUAUUCAAAAAAAUCAUAGCAUUUUUAUUUUUUCUUUAUAAUAAAAGAAUUUUAUUUAAAAAUUUA